AGUACUUACCUGACUAGCGCCUUCCUUUUUUGAUAACAUACCAACCUUUCCAAUCACUUUGAAAAAAGAAUGUUCAAAAAAAAUUCGUGUUUUCUCGGCCCAAGGGAGUUUACUCGACUCAUUCUCCAGUCUCCCGCACUGCUCAAGUGUGCGACUCCAUAUGAGGACCUCCUUCCCUUUUGCUCUGCCCACUCUCCGUGAACACGGUUAUCAAAGCUACUACAGUGUGGGCAGCAGGUACCACGAGCCCUCUGUCCCACACAUCUAUAAAGAAGCAAGUGUAGUUCACCGGUUCCACCGAAUGCUCCUAUAUCUCGGCAAAGAUCGUGUGAGUGUGCAGUUAUGCUUCGGAUGCUUCGCCGGAAUAGAUCGACCCAGUUCCCGUUCUUUUCUGGUGUACUCGCUUUGUAUCUCCGACACACAAGGAAGGACGCGGUGGGAAGGAAGCAGCCCUAGCCUCUGUCCGGCCGAUCAUUCCGCUGGCAUCUUGCAUUCACGCCCCCGUUUGACUGCCGCUCGGGGAUGUAGUUGUAGAUACGUGAGUCUGAGUGGGUCGUUGGCUCCACCUGUGAUCUCCUUCUACGACAUGCUGUUGUCGUCGCCAUCUUCAAUAUGUCACUUAGUCAUAUCUGCCUCGCUGCGGGUCAGCACCUCCGAAAGAAACGGAGGAUUUCAUUCAGUGACUCCGCGAUCGCCCUCUGAACGAUCAGAAUAAGGUAAAGCUUGAAGAUAAGUUUUGUACUCUAUUAAUUUCUCAGUCCCUCUAGUCGGGUGGGCGCCGGCCGGUCUUUCGGCCUGAUCCCCCUGAAAACCGUACGUGCGGGUCUCCCCGCAUGCGGCUCACGCCAUUCGAGGUGGCCCAGCCCAGCAUUCAUUCGCAAAUCCUUUAGUGAUUAGUGAAACGCUCCGCGCCUCGGAAGCUAAUUCGCGUGUAGGCAGCGCUUUCUGUCUACCGUUUACUCUAUCUAUUCAUUGAUCCAUUGGCUUGCUCCCUCCCCCUAUUUCCAAUAAGGAAAAUGAAUGAGCCGCUCGGACCUUACAUUUCCGUCAAAUGACCCGGCCUCCCCUGGCUCUUCCACCGUCCGGGCUCCCUUUCCUCCCUAUGCUCCCCCGGCGCAGGCCUACCACGCUUCGCGCCUGCGGCGUUUUCGCCAGACGGUCUUUGCCAGUAGUGCCAUCCUCCCCGCAGGCUGUCUGUAUGGGUGGGUUGUCCCUUGCUGCUACGUUCUGUUAGGCGCUAUGGAUUACAGGAAAUUCAGUGGUUGACUUGGACAGCAGGCGGGUUACACGUUCCACUGUGCCGAGAUGUGAGGUGCAGGUGGUGAUGAUCACCCCGAGGUAUGCGCUAGCGCCCUUGACGGGCACUCCAGGACCCGCCAACGCUCGUGAAAACCCAGGUCGGUCGGUCUCAUCCGACCGGAUGUGUGGAUAACGAGGCCACCUUCACAACCUUCUCCCUUCUAUCCCUAUCCAAAUGUAGGGCGGUUCGCUUGAGUUGCUCAACCGCCCCUUUGCCCGGUGCUCAUGACGCGCUACGGAACCUCCACCGGGGGACCGAGCAGGGCAUAGCUAGCGGCAUAGGAGCCUACUCAGCGUCAGCGGCUUCGUGCCGCACUGGAGUAAUCCA